UAUCUAAUAAAAUAAAUAUGUAAUAUUAUAAGUAAUAUUUUACUGUAUUAUUUUAUUUUAUUUUGAUCUCAUAUUGUGAACCUACCUUACAAAUAUAUAAAUAUAAGUAAUUAUAUUAUAAAAGCUUGAAUACCUAUAUAAUAUACGAGUAUAUAUAUAUAUAUUAAAAAUAUGAAUAUUACUGAUCUGAAAGAAAAAAUACAAAUUUUGAAGACCGAACUGCUGGAGCUCCGGGAGAACGUUAGUUUGAAGAUGAGUCAACAAUUGUUGUUGCGCGAUGGUAUGGCGACUAAUUACCAGCGAAUGAUGGAAGAAUGUGAUGUGUACGAGAAGGAAUUGGAAAAGAUUCGUUCGGAAAAUGCACGUUACAAGUUUGCUGAACAGUGUCUGAAGAAUAAGGUCAUUGAAUUAACCGGUUGCAAGUUCGCAAAGAGUUCGACCGACUCCGACAAAGACAAUGCUGUAGCAACUUUACAAUUGGAAGUGUGUAGUAACCAACUGUUGGCCGAGUUGAAGACGUUCAGGGAGCGGGUCGAGGAGGUGUCCGGAGACUUGGCUCGCGCCAGAGACCGGCUGGCCAAGGCGUCGGUACGGGAAGAAUGUUUGAAGCUGUGCGCGGACCACUUGACGGUGCUCGCCGAGACGGACCGGACAAGGCGGGACUGCGAAGAGACGAAGUUGCGGACGAUGGCCGAACGACUGUCGGCCGAGCUGGGUGACGCGCAGUGCGAUCUUGACCGGUCGCGAGCCGUCGUGGAAGAGAUGUCGGACGUGGUGGCGGGACACAAACCGGCGCCGGUCACAUGCUCCGUCGGUGGGCUGCGCGAGGACAACUACCGGUUGCACGCCGAAUUGGACGCCAGCGCCGCGGUGGAGGCCGAGUUGCGCGCCGUGGUGGCCCGGCUGGAGACGGCCAUAUGCGCAAAUGGUGUUUGAGAUUUGGGAGGGGGGGGAGUGGCUGAAGCCCUAGCUACUGAAUGAAGUAUUUAUGGAAGUAAUUAACAAAUAAAUCUUUUUUGAUACAUCAUA